AUGUUCCGGGUCGCCUCUGGGGAUAGUAUCGACGGACUCCAGACAAUCACAGAUUAUAUAGGGAAAGCCAGCCACGUCGCAGACCCCGACGCCUCACUCCUGGACAAGCUAAACACAUUCUUUGCCCGCUUCGAGGAAAACAACACUAACGUGGGCCCCCACGCUCACGAGGACUGUGUGCUCCCGAUCUCCAUGGCCAACGCCCUGGUAGAGCAGUGUGAUGGGCCCCAUUCCCCUGUGUCUGCUGCUCUGUGCCCUGGCCCUGUGUGUUCCUGUCUGGGGGGGGGCCACGGUGACGAUGGUGAUAAAGAGUAUGGCUGGUCCGUGCAGAGGGUCCCGUUGAUUCUGGACAGGAACACAGUGCAUCUGCGGACACCCACAUUUGGGGGGAAGGAUGAGGGGGCAGGUGGGGAUGCUCCCACAUUUGGGGCGAAGGAUGAGGGGGCAGGUGGGGGGGAGGAGGGGAUGUGUGGGAUAGAGUGUCAGAGCACUCUCCCCCCUCCUGACCAGGCCGCGCUGGAGAGCAUCCUGGGAUACGAGACGGUGUACGAAAACGGCACGCGCACACACACCGACGUCACGCUGCAGGGCCUGAAUGAGACAACCUCAAGCACACCAUCACACACUCGCAGGAAACGUCAGGUGUACGGCGUGGACGGGCGCUUUGUCAUCUCAGACAGCCACUUCACCACCAACUACCCGUUCUCCACGGCGGUCCGCCUAUCCACGGGCUGCUCCGGGGUCCUAGUGUCUGACAAACACAUCUUGACAGCAGCCCACUGUGUCCACGACGGGAAGGACUACCUGCAGGGGGUCCGCAUGCUGAAAGUCGGGGUCCUACAGGUAACAUUUAAACGAGGUAGGAGGGGGGGGAGGAGGAGAGGUGGGAGGAGAGGAGGAGAUGUGGAAAGUGUGGGGAAAAGGGAAGGAGAGGAAGAAGGAGAAGAGGAGGAGGAUGGGAAUGGGAUAGAUGGAGAAGGACCGAGACAGGAGCAGAGACGGAGAGGAGGGAGGCGGAGAGGAAGGAAGGGAGAGGGGGAGAUACAGAACGGGGUUGAUGGGGAGACAGGAGCAGAGGGAGGUGAAGAAGGGAACUCGGAGAAGGAGAGAAGAGGGCGAGGGGGUAGGCAGAGAACGAGAGGUAGCAGAGGUAGCCGGGUACAACGCAGCACCAAAACCAAAAAGCAGCCCUCCUUCCGCUGGACACGUGUGAAACAAACCCACAUCCCCAAGGGUUGGAUACACACAGGGGACGAUGACACUAACGCCGUCGCCCCUGACUACGACUACGCCCUCCUGGAGCUGAAAUGGCCAAUCAAACAGAAGCACAUGGAGCUCGGGGUGGCGCCCGCUGCAAAGCCCCUCCCCUUGGGUCGCAUCCACUUCUCAGGGUUCGACAACGAGCCAGAGGGAGGACAAACGGAGGGAGAGAGGGAAAAGGUGGUCUAUCGCUUCUGUUCAGUGACGAAGGAGUCAGACGACCUGUUGUAUCAGCACUGUGACGCCCAGCAGGGGGCGUCAGGUGCUGGCGUAUACAUCCGCCUCAGACAGGAAGUGGAGGGGUCCAAUAAGAGGAAGUGGCAGCGGAAGGUGAUUGGAGUGUUCUCAGGGCACCGCUGGGUGGAAGGGGACGGGGGUGAACGGAGGGAUUAUAAUGUGGCGGUGAGGAUCACUCCACCUAAAUACGCUCAGAUCUGCCACUGGAUCCAUGGGGAUCCCAGCAUGUGUAGGAAGGCCUGAGAAGCCAGGGAAUUGCUGGAUCUACCAGGGAUCUGUCAGACUGAUCAGAGGAAGAAACAAAUGUUAAUCUAGCACUUUUCACUGAGACCUCAAAGUGCUGAGAUGGUGGUUAACAAACUAUAAAAUGGCCAGCAUAGACAGUUCAGAUGGAAUAGGACUUUGGAAUAUGGUAUGAUUUUCAUGCUCUGGUCAAUCAAACAGAUCCUUAUCCAGAAUGCCAAAAAAUCGUUUCGAGGUCUCAAUGGUGCGCUCCAAACACGAACAGGUUUUUCAGUCUUAUAUGCCUUUGUGUUUUGCUUCCAAUAAAUGCCAAUUGUGCACAUAAUAUGGGUGCUAAGAUUAGUUCCAUUGGUGCUUAUUUUGACCAUCUCUGCAUGAUUCAUAGUUUCGCUAUCUGGCUUAUGUUCUUUUUAGGUGCAAAUAAGGGUUGAAUAAGUUCUCUGAAUAUUAUUUAAUGGAUCUACAUUUGAAAUGUAAAUGUGUAUUUUGUUGAGUAUGUCCUAAACAUAAAUUUUGCUUGGUAAAAAUCAUUUGUAUUU